CACCUGCCGGCAAAAAAUCGAACGUGCUCUCCCUCCGCCACUUCAUCUCCUCACUCCCCGGGAACCCAAGCAUGGCAUCCGUCACCGCCCGCGCCCCUGUUGCGGCCCUGCGCCCGUCGGUGUCUCUCAAGUCCGCCUUCCUCGGGCACUCCACCCGCCUUGGCCGCACCUCCUCAUCGACGAGGCGCAGCCUCAAGGCCGAGGCCAAGGGCGAGUGGCUCCCCGGCCUCCCCUCCCCCGCCUACCUCGACGGCAGGUUGCCCGGUGACAAUGGUUUCGACCCGCUGGGGCUGGCUGAGGACCCGGAGAACCUGCGGUGGUUCGUGCAGGCGGAGCUGGUGAACGGGCGGUGGGCGAUGCUGGGCGUGGCGGGGAUGCUGAUCCCGGAGGUGCUGACCAAGGCCGGGCUGAUCAACGCGCCGCAGUGGUACGACGCCGGCAAGUCGGAGUACUUCGCGUCGUCGUCGACGCUGUUCGUGAUCGAGUUCAUCCUGUUCCACUACGUGGAGAUCCGGCGGUGGCAGGACAUCAAGAACCCCGGAAGCGUCAACCAGGACCCCAUCUUCAAGAGCUACAGCCUGCCGCCGCACGAGUGCGGGUACCCCGGCAGCGUCUUCAACCCGCUCAACUUCGCGCCAACGCUCGAGGCCAAGGAGAAGGAGCUCGCCAACGGGAGGCUGGCGAUGCUGGCGUUCCUGGGGUUCCUGAUCCAGCACAACGUGACCGGCAAGGGGCCCUUCGACAACCUGCUGCAGCACUUGUCCGACCCCUGGCACAACACCAUCAUCCAGACGCUCUCCGGUUGAGUUCAUCGAGUGAUCGAUCGAUUGGUGACCCGAGAUGGGGGCAAGACAUACAUGCAAUGUGAAACGAUCGAUGAUCCAUAAUUUCUGGAUCAGUGUGUGUGCGCUCUGUGUUGUUAAUCUGUAGAGGGGAUUCAGACCGUGUUGUAAUGCUGCAUGCAUGGCGAAGAAGAGAGUGAGGACUUAUGAGUGAUUGGAGUGUACAUUAUUACAAGGGAGGUUAACGGUAGAGAGUUGUCAA